AUGGCAGAUACUCCAAUUGUGCUUGAUCAAGGAACAGGGUUCGUCAAGAUAGGAAGAGCCGGAACCAAUUUUCCCGACUACUCGUUCCCUUCAAUUGUCGGAAGACCAAUAUUAAGAGCAGAAGAAAGAAGUGUAUUUGUGCCAGACGAUGUUGAGAUUAAAGAUAUAAUGUGUGGGGACGAAGCCAGCAAGGUAAGGUCGUUAUUACAGAUUAGCUAUCCUAUGGAGAAUGGGAUUAUCAAGAACUGGGAAGAUAUGGAACACUUAUGGGACUAUGCCUUCUAUGAGAAGAUGAAAUUGCAAACCCAAGGGAAGAAGAUAUUGUUAACUGAACCUCCAAGAAACCCAUUAAAGAAUAGAGAGACCAUGUGUGAUGUGAUGUUUGAAAAAUAUCAAUUUGGAGGUGUUUAUGUUGCUAUCCAAGCAGUUUUGGCUUUGUAUGCUCAAGGUUUAAGUUCUGGAGUAGUUGUUGAUUCAGGUGAUGGUGUCACUCAUGUUGUUCCAGUUUAUGAAUCGGUUGUUUUAAACCAUUUAACAAGAAGAUUGGACGUUGCAGGAAGAGAUGUCACCAGGAAUUUGAUAAACUUAUUAUUCCGUAGAGGAUACGCAUUCAAUAGAACUGCUGAUUUCGAAACCGUUCGUCAAAUCAAAGAAAAGUUGUGUUAUGUUUCAUAUGAUUUGGAUUUCGAUUCCAAAUUGGCAAAUGAAACAACUUCCUUGGUACAAUCCUAUGAACUUCCUGAUGGAAGGGUAAUCAAGGUUGGUUCAGAAAGAUUCUUGGCUCCAGAAUGUUUAUUCCAACCUCAUUUGGUAGAUUGUGAACAAGAAGGUAUGGGUGAAUUGCUAUUCAAUACUAUUCAAUCGACUGACGUUGAUAUUAGAUCUACUUUAUUCAAAGCAAUUGUUUUAUCUGGUGGUUCUUCAAUGUAUCCAGGUUUGCCCUCUAGAUUGGAAAAGGAAUUGAAACAAUUGUGGUUGACUAAAGUCUUGCAUGGUGAUCCUACAAGACUAGAUAAAUUCAAGGUUAGAAUCGAAGAUCCUCCAAGAAGAAAACAUAUGGUUUUCAUAGGUGGUGCUGUGUUGGCUAACAUUAUGGCUGACAAAGACCAUAUGUGGAUUUCCAAACAAGAAUGGGAAGAACAAGGUCCACGGAUUUUAGAAAAGUUGGGUCCUCGUUGA